UGGAGACUAUCUCGAUACAACAACCUUAAGCACCUUUGACAUUUUGAAAUUCAAAUUAAUCGGCUGUCAAAAUUUUUCAGGCACUUCCCAAGGAUAAAAUUCUAACUUUAUUACAUUUUACUGUUUCAAUAUUCUAGAUUAUUGUUCAGGUUUUCAAUCUGUAUUUUUCUGAAGAUCAAGAAUAUAGAAGAUUACUUUUGAGCAUAAAAUUUACUUGAAAUCUUUCGAUUGUUUCUAAUCCCUGAAAACUUUCUCGUCUGUGAAUCUCCUUUUUAUUGUUCCUGAAUAAUAGCAUCCAAUCAUGAAAGUAAAAAGCCAAAAAUGAAGUUCGCCCGAGUCGAAAUAUCUCGAAACGCGUAGGACUAAUUCCUCAUUGGUCGAGUCGAACCGCCAAAUUCAAAUUCGGCGCACAGACUGCGCAGUAGGUCCCGUAAGAGAUAAAAAUCAAACCUCGCGUUGUCCGAAUUAAACAGAAAACAUAAAGCAUUAAACUUCAUUUGCAAAAUCAAAAUGCAACUUUUCUCUAUUUUCAUAUCAAAGACCUAGUUUUAAAAUUGCAUUCAGUCUCCGGACAUGACAAAAUCUGCGAAUGAGAGAAGACAGUAAUCAAGAUUUUUCUACUUUCAAAUAAUAUAUGAAAGAAAGAGAUGUAGGUCUUAGUUAUUUCAUUUGACACUAGAGGUCCAGUGACUCCAAAAUUUGUUUACGCCUGUUCCUUCCAUUGUUAUCAUUUUGGAGCAAUUGUUUUCUCUAACACGCAAAAUAACAUCGCCAGUGUACAACAAAUAGCAACAACAUUGUUUAAAAAUGGAAGUCUCGGAUCCACAACCAAGUGAUUCGAGAGCUCUGCAGCAAGACUUAAUUCCAGUGCUUCAAAAAUUUGACAAAACCAAUGAAAAUAUUAAUGACAUAUACAUAAUUAAAAAUCAGUUCACUAUUGGAAGAGCUCGAGAUAACGAUGAGGUUAUUUGCAGUGUUGUUAUCUCUCGUUACCAUUGUAUUCUGGAAUGCGACAGACAUAAUGAUUGGAUCGUAAAGAACUUGAGCUCCAAUGGAACUCUUUUGAAUGGUCAGUUACUGGGACCAAAUAUAUCUAAAAGUAUUACUCUCGGGGACGUAGUACAAUUCUCUGUUGUAGGAGAUUAUAAAUAUUUUUUUACACUAAGAUUCAAAGACGAAAUCCCUGUGAAGAGACGACGAAUUGAUGAGACAUCACAAAAUGAAAAUCUCUCUAGGACUCAUACCUUUGGGGAUUAUCAAGAAAUAAGAAGGAAGGAAAUGGAGAUGGAACUUAUAUCGAAGAGACAGGAACAGAAAGAUCUCAAAAAAUUGCUGGAUGAAUGUCUGGAACGACAAGAAACUGAAAAUGAUUUUAUAAUGGCUGAGAGGAUAGACAGCUUGAAAGAUGCUUUAGAGACAGCCCAACAAAUGGUUAAGAUUUUGGAAGGGACAUAUAAUAUUUUUCAGGCAAGAAUGGAUGAAGAGCGAAAAGAGUUUGAUGCUAAUAUUAUGAGGGAGACCCAGAAGCUAGAACGGGAAUUGAAUACGAAUAAUAAGCAAGUCGAAAGAAUAAUUAUACAGAAGAUAGACAAGUGGGCGAGAAAGCAUCAGAGCAAAUGGUCGGACAUUAUCAGAGAUAUGAUGAAAGAGGAGAAGAUUAAGCUAGAGAAAUUGGAGAGUGAAAACUUUAGUCUUGCGACGAAAUUAAAGAAAACAGAGGAUGCAUUAAAAAUUACUAAGGACGCACUCAUGGAGAAAUCUGUCUUAGCUAGACAUCUCCAAGAGCAACAAAUGUCAUCAAACUCUAAAAAUAAUCUUCGUGGAAAGGUAGAAGAUAUCUUAGACGAGCAAUUAUCCUGCAGCAUAUGCUCUGAAAUCUUCGUUAACCCCACGUCGCUAAAUUGUCGUCACACAUUCUGUAAGUUCUGCAUAUCCUCAUGGAAGAAAAAAAAUAAAAAAGCCAAUUGUCCAAUAUGUCGAGUAAGAAUAAAAUCAAUGAAUCAAUCAAUGGCAUUUGAUUGUCUUAUUGAAAAAAUGGUCAGAGAAUUGUCCUCGGAGCUGAGAGAACGCAGAGAACAACUCAUCAAAGAACGUAGAGGCAGUUGAGAAUUAUUUAUCUUAGAAUAAUGUUAGGAGCUUUUAUAUAAGGGUAUAAAUUAUAUAAACUCGUAUUCUCUGACGUGUUUUGUCGGAAAUCGAUAAGGAAUGACGUAAAUGAAAGGAAGGGUGAUUCACUCAGCCUAGGUCACAGGAAGAGUCGUAUCAAUUCUUUUUAUAGACUUGCAUUUAAUUACGCAGAAAUUAGGCAAUGAUCUAUUAGAUUGCAUUAGCCUCGUUGCAUCGUUGCAUCGAAUUACUUAUAAUAAACUCUAAAAUAUUGUUUAAUAUUUUUCAAAGAAAAUUACAUUUUAUUCGUUGCAACAAUUAAAUGAUUUAACGAAU